CCCCCUCCCCUUUUUCACCGAAAAUAGCCGAGCGUUCUCGGGCGCUUCCGACACAUGGAGGCCUCGGGUGGCUGCGGCUUGUGCCAGGCCGAGCGAGCGCCCUAUACCUGCCCUCGCUGCCACGUCCGCUUCUGCUCCGUACCUUGCUACCGGGAGCACGGCUCCUGCGCCCGGGACUUCCAGGCGCGAGAGUUGCAACUUCGGCUCCGGGACCAGCGGGAGGACGCGGGUGCGCGAGGCCGCCUGAGGGAGGCCCUUCUCCGGCUGCGGGAACUACGCGAGCCCGGGGAUGCGGAGGCCGAGGUAGGCCUCGACCCCCAGGCUGACGACCUGUGGGAGCAGCUGACCUCCCAGCAGCGCCACGGGUUCCAAGAGCUGCUGAGCAGCGGGAAGAUCUCGGGGCUCCUUCCCCCCUGGAAGCCCUGGUGGGUCGUGGCUAGCCAGGAGGGGCCGCCCCUGGUCCAGCUGCUUGAAGCCCAGGAUCCUCAGCCACAGCAGGAAGGAGCCCAAGAAGACCUUCAUCCGGCUUCCUCCCAGCCUCCAGUCGCAGGGGAGCGGAAUCGGCCUCCUGCCCAGGAUUCGAACUCGCUACCCGCCCUGCCUGACGUGAUCCGCCCAUUGAGCCACCUCACCGGCGGCCCUGUCUCCCCGCUGGUGCGCUUCCAGCUGCCCAACGCCCUCUACGCCUAUGCCUACGCCCUGUCGCUCUACAAUGGGGAAGUGGACGAUGCCCAGAUUGUGCCCGAAGUUUGCGAGACCCUCUUGGACCUCUCGGCCGCGCUGGGCGCCCAGAGGGUCUUCUCCUGCACGGGGGAGGCCCUGCAAGCCGCCCUGCAGGCCGUGGUGGACGGACGCUACCCGGAGUGCCCGCUAGGGAAAGCCGGGACGAUGCAAGCGGUGGGCCAGAUUUUAAGAGGGGAACCGACUCCGGAGAAGCGCAGCCGGUUCUCCCUGGCAGCCUUCGCCCACUUGGCCAGGAUUUUGGGUCGAGGCAAACGCCGGGUGUCCCUCGGGGACCAGCCCAGGAUCUACAAGGCGAAGAAGAAGUGCAAAUUCCUGCUUUCCUGGGUGAAGGAGAACGAGGAGGAGCUGCCCCUCCUAGCUUUGGAAGUCCAGAGGGAAUACGUUGCCUGUGUGGCGGAUGCCAAAGAAGUGGGCGCGAUCACCCAGGAGCUGGAGAAGAUGUGGGGAGGGAAAAUGCCCCCUUGCAAACAGCCCCUGAUAGAAGAAUUGGACUGAAGCCAGUCCUCCCAUUCCUAGGAUGGGAUGGAAACUGGGGGGAUGGGACAAGAGAGGACCUGGGGAGAGAGAGAAGGGGGCCGGUGGGGUUUACAUCGUAGCACAGUGGGGUCCCGGAGAUUGAAACCUAAAGAUGAUGAGAAAGAAACCAAGUUAGGCUUGUUUUUCUCCUCCCCCUAAACUGGGCAUGGAUGGGUGGCAACAAUGGGAAAGCUGUGAUUAAAAAAAGCAAGACAAGGAAUCUUUGGUUUGUGCCCUCGUUUCGUUUCCUG